AAGUAGUACCACAACUUCAAACCUCAGGAUAGUUCACACUUCAUAAAAAAUGCCUCAAAUAUCAAAAUGCUUCAAGGCUAGUUUAUAAGGACACAGUCAAAACGUCGCCCACACUUCUGAUUUCUCAAACUGAAGCAAAUGCGCGGGAGAUUCUGGUUGAGACAGUUGCACAGCUGCGUUAGUACGCAGAAAUCUCAGGAAAAACACAUUAACAAACCUUCCACAACCAAAUUCACAAGCCCAAAUCCAUACCCAUCAAAGAAAGAAUUAAGCCAACAAAAAAAAGUAUCCAAGAAUGAAUCACAAACCUCCAGAGACUCAGAUAUAGUGAAAUGUAACAUGGCAAUCACCACUCAAAUGCACAAUGGCCAAUGUGACUCUGCCCUUCAAAUAUUUAACUCCAUGCCCUCUCGAAGCACGAUCUCCUACAAUGCAAUGAUCUCUGGGUACUUGUCAAAUGGCAAGUUUGAUCUUGCAAGAGAAAUGUUUGAUAAAAUGCCUAACAGAGAUUUGUUUUCUUGGAACGUGAUGCUUACAGGGUACGUGAGGAAUAAAAGUCUUACUGCUGCCCGCACAUUUUUUGAGAAAAUGCCUGCAAGGGAUAUUGUCUCUUGGAAUGCAAUGCUAUCUGGGUAUGCACAGAAGGGAUUUGUUGUUGAAGCUAGAGAAAUAUUUGAUAAGAUGCCGUCUAAGAAUGCAAUUUCUUGGAAUGGAUUGCUUGCAGCCUAUGUGCAGAAUGGGAGGAUAGAGGAUGCGAGGAAGUUAUUUGAGUCAAAAAUGGAUUGGGACAUCGUGUCUUGGAAUUGUUUGAUGGGUGGGUUUCUGAGGAGGAAGAGGUUAGCUGAUGCAAGGAGGCUCUUUGAUCGGAUCCCUAUAAGAGAUAAGGUUUCAUGGAACACUAUGAUUACUGGUUAUGCACAAAAUGGAGACGUAGAAGAAGCACAGAGAUUGUUUGAGUUGGCUCCAACUCGGGAUGUGUUUACAUGGACGGCAAUGGUUUCUGGAUAUGUUCAAAAUGGAAUGUUGGAUGAGGCAAGAAGUAUUUUUGAUAAAAUGCCUGAGAAGAAUUCAGUUUCAUGGAAUGCAAUGGUUGCAGGUUAUGUACAAUGUAAGAGGAUGGACAUGGCAAAAGAAUUUUUUGAGGCAAUGCCAUGUAAAAAUAUUAGUUCCUGGAAUACAAUGAUCACAGGAUAUUCUCAGAGUGGGGAAGUCGCCCAUGCAAGGGAUUUGUUUGAUAGGAUGCCUCAGCAUGAUUCUAUCUCAUGGUCAGCCAUGAUUGCUGGCUAUGUUCAAAAUGGUUUAAGUGAAGAGGCUCUACAACUUUGUGUGGAAAUGAAGAGGGAUAGGGCAAGGUUGAACAGAUCCUUAUUUACCUCUGCUUUAACAGCAUGUGCCAAUAUUGCAGCUUUGGAGUUGGGGAAGCAAUUGCAUGGUUGGCUGGUUAAGGCCGGAUACCAGGCUGGAUGCUAUGUGGGGAACGCGCUUCUUGCAAUGUAUUGUAAGUGUGGAAGCAUCGAUGAGGCAGAUGAUGCAUUCCAAGAAAUAGCUGAUAAAGAUUUAAUUUCAUGGAAUACAAUGAUCUAUGGUUAUGCAAGGCAUGGAUUUGGCAAAGAGGCAUUGAUGGUCUUUGAGUCAAUGAAAAGAAUGGGUUUCAAGCCUGAUGAUGCCACUAUGGUUGGUGUGUUGUCUGCUUGCAGUCAUACGGGCUUGGUAGAGAAGGGAACUGAAUAUUUUUAUUCAAUGAAUCAAGAAUAUGGUAUAACACCAAAUUCAGUGCACUACACUUGCAUGGUUGAUCUUUUAGGUCGAGCUGGACGAUUGGAAGAAGCCCAGAAUUUAAUAGGGAACAUGCCUUUCAAACCAGAUGCUUCUACAUGGGGUGCUUUACUUGGUGCAAGCAGGGUCCAUGGCAAUACUGAAUUAGGUGAAAAGGCUGCUGAGAUAAUUUUCAAGAUGGAGCCUGAUAAUUCAGGGAUGUAUAUUCUUCUCUCAAAUUUAUAUGCUGCUUCAGGAAGAUGGCCUGAUGUUAGUAAGAUGAGAUUGCAAAUGAGGGAUAAAGGUGUGAAGAAGGUACCUGGGCAUAGCUGGCUUGAAGCGCAAAAUAAAAUUCAUACUUUUACAGUUGGGGAUUGCUUCCACCCAGAGAGGGAUAAAAUAUAUGCAUUUCUUGAAGAGAUGUAUUUGAAAAUGAAGCAUGAGGGAUAUUUGUCCUCAACAAAAAUGGUUUUACAUGAUGUGGAUGAGGAGGAAAAGGAGCAUAUGCUCAAGUAUCACAGUGAGAAAUUAGCUGUAGCAUAUGGGGUUCUGUCCAUACCUCCUGGAAGACCUAUUCGUGUGAUUAAAAACUUGCGGAUAUGCGAAGAUUGUCACAAUGCCAUCAAAUACAUAUCCAAGAUUGUGAAAAGGUUGAUCAUCUUAAGAGAUAAUCAUCGCUUUCACCACUUCGAAGGGGGUUCCUGUUCCUGUGGGGAUUAUUGGUGAAACUAGAAAAAGAUUAAAGGUCUUGCAUGCAUUUGCCUGGACACUCCACACCUAUAAGUGUUGGCAUGUCUCCAUUACCAGUUAACUGUUGUCGACUCCUAGAACAAAACAAUAGAGGUCAGCAUAAGUCCUGGAAGAAGUGUGUUGGAAAAAUGGGGGAGGAGAGAUGGUUGUAGAUUUCUCAAAGAAAUGACAGAAGUUUAUUUUAAACACAUAACAAAAGAAGAGAUAUAGAUGAAGAGGAAAACAUAUAUUCAGUACUCAUAGCAAAGGAUUUACAAAGCAUGAAACAAAGAUUUUUUUUUUCUUCUUUUUCUUCAUUCUCAGCUUCAUGCUCUCUUUUCUUCUUUUUCCCUAUCUCAAAUCUGCCCCAGCAGCUCUAUUUAUAAAAAAUGCAAUAUUUUUUUUUUUACCAACUCUCUACCAAACAAAAGAACUUAAAGCUAAACUAAACCGAGUAGUUAGCUUUGCUGUCAUCACUACUGCUAACAAAGUGGGACUAUAGUGUUGUUUGUUCAGAAAAGAUACAUUUAGAUCAUUGGCUUUUAGAAAUGAUUCAUAUGUUGCCUCUUCACAAACUUGUUGACUGGUUAUGGAAGGAAGUCUUUUUGUAGCCUUAGUGUUGCUACCAUUUGAGAGACACGUAACUCAAGGACAACUUGGCUAGCUGACAUCUGGAAGAAAAUUGGAGGAAAAAGAAAAGCAAAAAUAAAGCCAGCUGAUUACAUAGAGGAGAAAAAUGCUGAACUGUUUUUCCUCAACUGUGUAUCCUUGUAGUAAAGUAAGUCUCUCAUCAGAUUCAUCCUUGUAAUAAUGAGAUGGCUGAAACUGCAUGCUUGAGUAAUUGGCUGCCGUAACUGUGCAUUUCCCAAAUACUUUAUUCAACAAUCUAAAUUGCAGUCAUGGUAAUCUCUGUUAGAAAUAAUAAAUUGAAAUAUUAAAGUGCUAUUAAAUUUGGAGUUUCUA